AUCUUUAACCCUGCCAGUGGCCCCGCUCCUACUUCUCCUUUUGCACAAAUACAGCUUUUAAAGGCGGCUGCGAUCUCCAGAGGUUUCAGUCUUUGUGAUCACCAACCACAACUACCAGCAGCAUGGACCUGAAGGGUGACCUGGUUAGUGGAAGUGUGCUGAUUUCACACCAGCUUAAUGAAGGGAAGCAUGACUACAAAGUGGAAAAUGUGGUUAAGUACAAAAAGGAGAAAGGAACAAAAAUGUUUGCUAGAGGAGACAGGUUAAUGGAAAUAAAUGGUGUGGACCUUCAAGACAUUACACCUGAAAAACUGGUUGAAGAGUUAUCUAGAGGGAAUCCAAUGUUGACGGUACAUAAAACAGACAGUAAAAAGGAGCACAGUAAGAACUUUCCCUCAGAUGAGGACGCUUUACUACCAUUCUCCAAGGAGUCCACAGUUCUGAAUUUUUCCUGGGAAAUGACAAGGGAGGAUGAGAAUAAAGCUGAGGAAGGGGGAGAAGAAAAGAAUAUGACGAGUCUAGAGGAGGAUAUUUGCAGAGAAAAGAAUGGGGAGAACACGGAGGGAGGCGAUCUGCUCUUCAUUCAGAUGAUAAAAACUAGCAUCUCUUUGGUGAGAGGCAGAGGCUGCGAACCCGGGAGCCCUUGCCAGUGUUGUAACGGGACAGGAUGUACCUUCAAUGAUGUGGUUUUGGUGGCUGAAUCAAGCAGGGUGACAUUUGUUCCCCAAGGAAGUACCAGUUUCAGAAUGGAAAAGCUGGCUAAAGUUUUUCUUGAACAUGUACUAUCUCACAACUAUCUCAGCGGUAUCUGCUCACAGAAGACUCUUGUUCCAUCACCAAAUCCGAAAAGAAUCACCAUUUACUACUACAAAUCUAAUGGUAUGGACCAGUCUUUCAGAGGCAUGCCAGUGGUCCUAAACCUUACCGACUCCAACUGCUUUCUCAGGUGCUGUAAGGAAGGGGAUAAGGUGCUCCUGCAAGUGGAGACAUGUGAAAUGCAGAGGCUAAGGCAGAUAUCCAAGAGCGAUGAGAGCACCCUCGCCUUCGUUUUCUACAUGAAGGCUGACCGCACAAAACAGCGAAAAUUUGAAUCAGCUCUCCACCAAGGCUGGUUUAUGAGCAUCGUCAACCCAGACUUAGUAGAAAUGGAAACACUGGAUGGAGGAAGGGAGGACCCAUCAUUCCUCUUCAUCAUUCAGAAGUGAUUGGGGGUUGUUUUCUUCAGCCACUUGUCUUUCAAGUCCACAUGUGAAAUUCUCUGUAGGAUUUUAUAUGACUUAUGCUUUUUUUAAAAGUAAAUAAAUAAAAACAAGGGAGAGGAACUCUUUAUCUUGUCCAGAAACAGAUCUCAGAAAUAGAUGUUCUGAACAGAGAUGCAUAGAUAUGUAAGGCCAGCUUCUGAUUGGCAGCUGGUCAAGUUCAUUAACACAGGAACCAAGGUAAACAUCUGUAUUUCUGCUUUUAUCUUUUUUUAUUAUUUAUUAUUAUUUGCAACUUGCUUAAAUUUUUGUCAGUUUUUAAUUUUUAUUAUUUAUAAUUGUUUUAUUCCAGUUAUUAUACUUGUGUGCUUUUUGUAAUGUUUGAUCUGUAAAACAAUUUGGAUUCCUCAUAUGGGUUUGAUUAAGUGCUGUAUAAAUAAAGUUGAGCUGAGAUUAAUAUUAUCAUAAAAUAUGAAUCUGUUUUUAAAUGUUUAUGAUUAAUCAGAUAAUGUGACAACAAAUGCUACACAUGUAUUUGUUCCAAGUCAACAUUAUAUAAAAGCAGUUAACCAGUGUGUAAGUCAGGCCUGCUCUGACUGCAGGGUUAUGUAAUACUCAUGUUCUGUGGUGGCCAUUUCAUGAACUUGCUGCUAAAUUCAGAAAAACUUAAUCCACCAGGAGACAAAAUCAUAACAAAUUUACAAGAAAGAUUUGGUUGACAGAAGAGAGAGAUGGAAAUCAGAGUUCAGGAGAAGGCCUGAGACUUCAAGUGACACCACAAACACCUCCUCGGCUGUUUAUACUCCAACAGCUGCGCAAAAGUUAGUUUAAUCUACAAUUCACAAAUCAUAAUCUGACAGGAAGAGUGUACAUUCUGGAAAAACCCAAAUAUAGCUUGAAACUUAAAACUGAAUUUCUCGAGCGUCUUGAGUGUUCUUGGAAUAUUUUAUUUUUGUGGAAAUAUGCUAUUGCUUGAUAAUUAGUGCAACUACAGAUAGUGUUGACAUUACAAAUUCCCCUGAAUGUUGUGUUUUGAUAUUGAGACAACCAGAAAUAUAACUCUAAUUAAUUGCUUUUUCUAUCAUAUUU